AUGACCCCUCCACAGAAUGUCGAUCACUCCUCUUUUAAAAUGACCCUCAUUUUAGGAUACACAGUUUUCCUGCUCCUCAUGAAUGACCUUCUCUCUGUCACGGGAAACAACAUUCCACUCAUAAAUGUGUUUUUCUCUAUCUGUCUGGCUCUUAUGGUGACAAGUCUCCUGGAGACUAUUCUCAUUACCAAUGUUCUGUGUGGGUCUAAGAACUACUCCCGCCUGCCACACUGGGUCAGAGUUGUGUUUCUAAAGUUCCUGGCGCAACUCGACUGUUCCCUGGGGCACAUCUUGAGCUGCUGCCAGAAAGCCUUGGGAGAGGGGAGGUACAGGUGGCACCAUGACCAGGUGCUGAAGGCAGUGCCUGACAAGAUUUGCACUGGAAACCAACAGAGCCUUUAUUCUUCAAAGAUUGAGGGCACGGACGGGGUUCGAACCCGUGAUCUUCGGUUUACGAGACCGACGCCUUACCACUUGGCCACCGCGCCUCGUACCUGGAUGGAUGUGGAGUGGAUAGUGGAACUGGAGUCCAUGACAUGGGAGCUGUCAGUUUUUAUGGUGUCUCUCUGUCUUUCUGAAACGUUAAACUGCUCUGAACCCACUACACAGUCACUUCUAGCUGCUUUCAGAGAGAGCGUCUUCAAUACAUCUGAAGUUCGUCCAGUCUCUAACCUGCACACUCCCACUAACAUUAGCCUUACUUUCACCCUCUAUGGCAUCCUGGGAGUGGAUGAAAAAGCUCAAGUUUUGAGAACGUUUGUUUGGCUAAGACUGGAGUGGAGAAUGGAAAAUGUGGGCUGGGAUCCUACUGAAUGUGGAACAUCAGUAAUUUCAUUGCCUAGGACAAAGCUGUGGAUGCCAGAUAUUGUCAUCAAUGAAUUCAUGGAUGAGAACAAAGCUCCCGCCACAUAUUAUGUGUAUGUGAACAGUACUGGUUAUGUGAGAGAUGGUCGGCCAUUUAAUGUAAUCAGCUCCUGCAAUCUUGACAUCUACACCUUCCCCUUUGACAUUCAGAACUGCACCUUCACCUUCAACUCGUACAAGCACAAUGUUUUGGAUGUUCAGCUGGAGUUCGGCAACACAGCAGAGGAGAUACUGCAGAUUUCCCGGAACGUGAUGCAAACCAAAGGGGAAUGGGAACUGAUUGAUAUAAAAGCCAUCAAACCCAAAAUACUGAGCUAUGAUGAACACACAUGGGAUAGCAUUAUUUACUAUAUAGCCUUGAAACGUCGAGCCACUCUGUACGUGGUGAACCUCCUGAUCCCAAGCUGCUUCCUCCUCACUGUGGAUCUCUUUAGCUUUCUCCUGCCCCCACAGAAUGUCGAUCGCUCCUCUUUUAAAAUGACCCUCAUUUUAGGAUACACAGUUUUCCUGCUCCUCAUGAAUGACCUUCUCCCUGUCACGGGAAACAACAUUCCACUCAUAAAUGUGUUUUUCUCUAUCUGUCUGGCUCUUAUGGUGGCAAGUCUCCUGGAGACUAUUCUCAUUACCAAUGUUCUGUGUGGGUCUAAGAACUACUCCCGCCUGCCACACUGGGUCAGAGUUGUGUUUCUAAAGUACCUGGCACGACUCGUCUGUGCGGCCAAAGAUCCCAGUGACCAAAACCCAACUGCUGAAGUGAUUGAGAACUUAGAGAUAACAUCCGGUUCGGCAAAGGACGAUGAGACUGGAGGUGCCGCUGGGGUAAAGGAAAGAACAGUGUCAGGUCUGGAGCAGCUGAAACAGAUGAGCAAUGACAUCACAGUCAUCCGUCAUCAUGUUGAUCAACACUUCACCAACGAUCCGUUCACCCAGGAAUGGAUCCAUUUAGGCCAGGUCAUCGACAGACUGCUUUUCAGCCUGUACAUACUCUUCAUCUCCGUCAGCUUCAUCGUCAUAUUGAUCAUCUGGUUGUACUGGUACAACGCAUAA